AUGCCCCCUGCUAAGAAGAAGGCCAGGGUCGGUGGCGCCCAGGAUGCGUUAGGCGAGGCAGACCGGAUCGAGCUGGCCAUGGACAAGAUCAAGGGCUACUUCGGCCAGAACAUCGAGAAGGCGAUGCCGCUGGCUGGCGACGUUGGGUACCAGGAGCCGAUCAACUAUGACCUCGUUGAGGAGAGGCUCAACGAGGAAGUUUGGGCAGACCAGGUGUUAGUCACGGGCGGCGUCAACGUGCUCUGGGCCAAGCCGAGUGAGUCCCUGACGCCGACCGUUGCCAUCAACGUCCAUGCCGUCGAGAAUUUCAUGCAGAACCUUUGGCCCCCUGGGCUGGUGCGCCCCUUGGCGGAGCCAAUCGACUUCUUGGCGGGCCCCGGCGGCGUCGUCGGGGGCAAGAUGACCCGCCUGAGCCCAGAGGAGCCGCAGCAGGCGUUGGUCCUCAAGGUCGCGGAGCGCAUCGAGGCUGGAGCCGACGCGGAAGAGAUGAAACGGUGGAAGGCUUGUUUGCUCAGCGCGACAGGGCGAGUCGUGCGGGCAGAGACUUGGGGCGAUCAAUACUUCUGGGUGACGAACGCCCGCCGCAGGUUCAGGGACGCGGCAGCGGCGAUCGUGCACUUGGCGUCGCAGAUCAUUGCCGACAUUUGGUUGUUCAAGACCCGGAAAGAGGCGAUCCUUAGCAAGACCCUCAGCCACAAGGAAAUUGCUGACAUCUACGCGAAGCGUAUGCCUGAUGCUGAGAAGGAUUCAGAGUCCCGGGCUUCAGAAAGCACAAUCAAAGAUGCCCUCAAGGUGUACGAGGUUCUUUUCAGCAAUGCGGAGAUCCGUGACAUCAUUGCCACGAUGGACAGAAAGUACCUUUCCGAGAGCCCCUUCAAUUCGAUCUCCAAGCUCGUGAUGAUUGCCUACAAGUGCAAGAACCAGCAAAAGAAUCUGCGGUUCUUCCAGCUCGUGGUGGAGGGCUUGGCUAGUCAAGGACUGGAGACAGGUGAUUUGAGCAUGAACAAGCUGAGGGGCCAGAGUGGGAGGGCGGGCUUGAUCGACGUCAUCUUGAUGAAACUUGCCAUGCGGGAAAUCGACGCCGCGCUGUCCGAGGAGAACUCGGUGCCGCAGGCAUCCCUGGCAGCCCCGCCUGCUGGCGCACCAGGGGCCGGCGCGCCGCCACCUGCUGGCCCCGCUGCUGCCGGUGGCCCCGCUUCGCCGGCAGCGCCGCCUCCAGAUAUCAUCGAGCUCGAGGCCGACUGGGCCGAUUACGCGGAGCGCCACAUCAAGAAGUUCUGCGAGUUGAUCGUGGAGAAUGGCAAGAACCAGACGGAGCUGACGAAUGCCAUCAAGGGCAUCGGCCUCGGCGCCGUGAAGGGCGGGGGCGCGGGCAACGUCAUCAUCACGUUCGACGCGAAUCUGUUCGACGAGAGCCAGACGCACCCCCACAUCCGCAAGCCUCCGUUGCAGAAGCCGAUCAUCCAGAAGAUGUGGAAAUCUGUCUUGACUGCGCGGACCGCUCCGGACCAGGUAGGCAUCCUGCCCAAAGGCGACGUCCUGAUGCUCUUUGAUGGGGGCAGGACUAACGACAGCACGUUCCUGAACAACUGGGGCAUGGGGAAAGACCGCAAAACUGCAGACAGAACACGUACAGCCAAGGACGGGAAGACCAUCAUGCGAGAAAUCAUCUUGACUUUCGACGAGAAGAGCGUAAAGGCGCGCAAGCAUCGCCAGAAGACGAGGCAAUGCGUCCUUCGGUGCUCCCAGCGCGUGUUCAUGUUCCACAGCAGUUUCGCGACGAUCCAGCCUCGUGAGCAUAAGCACUUCCCGGAUGCCACCAACAUGUCGAACUUCGUCGGCCCUUGUAGCUUGUUGCCGUGGUCCGGUCUCCCGAAGCUCACGAUUGGUGAAAAAAAGCAGUUCUGGGGCGCAAGGAGGCGCGCCGUGGGCGGCAGGACGGAGGGCGUGGGCGGCGACUCGGACGAACAGAGCGACGACGAGGAGCAAGAAGUCGACGACGACGGAGAACAAGAAGCCGAUGAGCCGCCUGAGGAGGAGAACCCCAGCCCAGAACUUCGGAUCGCCAAGGACAGCAGGAUCCAGCCGAUCACCUACCACAGCCUGCCGAGCGUGGUGACGGACUCCCUGCGCCACGCUUUCUGGUGCAUCAGCGCGAUCGACAUGACCCCAGGUGUCGGUGAGCAGUGCUGCGAUUGCGUCACGAACAACAUUGGCUACCUCGGCAUCUGCCAGACGGAGUUCCAGAAGAAGCACAUCAUGCAGCAGCUCCUCAAGCACAUGUACGAGAAGAUGGCCGACCCUCAGAGCAAGGUUUACGCGCCGGCGUACGCCGCGGAGGUGAACAACAGGCGGAAGGCAAAGCAGGUCCUCGGCCUCAGCGAAAACCGCGUGGGGGACGAGGGCGCGGCCGCCCUGGCGGCGGCCCUCGGGGCCCCGGGCGCCCUGCCGAGCCUGCAGGGCGCGGCCGCCCUGGCGGCGGCCCUCGGGGCCCCGGGCGCCCUGCCGAGCCUGCAGGUCCUCGUCCUCGGCGCCAACCGCGUGGGGGACGAGGGCGCGGCCGCCCUGGCGGCGGCCCUCGGGGCCCCGGGCCCCUGCCGAGCCUGCAGCCUGCAGGUCCUCGGCCUCGGCGCCAACCGCGUGGGGGACGAGGGCGCGGCCGCCCUGGCGGCGGCCCUCGGGGCCCUGGGCGCCCUGCCGAGCCUGCAGGUCCUCGGCCUCGGCGAAAACCGCGUGGGGGACGAGGGCGCGGCCGCCCUGGCGGCCGCCCUCGGGGCCCCGGGCGCCCUGCCGAGCCUGCAGGUCCUCGGCCUCGGCGCCGACCGCGUGGGGGACGAGGGCGCGGCCGCCCUGGCGGUCCUCGGCCUCGGCGAAAACCGCGUGGGGGACGAGGGCGCGGCCGCCCUGGCGGCGGCCCUCGGGGUCCUCGUCCUCGGCGAGAACCCCGUGGGGGACGAGGGCGCGGCCGCCCUGGCGGCGGCCCUCGGGGCUCCGGGCGUUCGCCGAGUCCUCGGCCUCGGCGCCAACCGCGUGGGGGACGAGGGCGCGGCCGCCCUGGCGGCGGCCCUCGGGGCCCUGGGCGCCCUGCCGAGCCUGCAGGUCCUCGGCCUCGGCGAAAACCGCGUGGGGGACGAGGGCGCGGCCGCCCUGGCGGCGGCUCUCGGGGCCCCGGGCGCCCUGCCGAGCCUGCAGGUCCUCGGCCUCGGCGCCAACCGCGUGGGGGACGAGGGCGCGGCCGCCCUGGCGGCGGCCCUCGGGGCCCCGGGCGCCCUGCCGAGCCUGCAGGUCCUCGGCCUCGGCGGCAAUCCGCUCGGCGAGGGCGCACGCAGGGCGCUGCGCGCGGCGUGGGCCGCGGGCGGCAGGCCCGAGGGCGGCCUGCUCCUCUGA